AUGAAGUACGCUGUUAUCUUAGGGUCAGCCCUCGCAACGUGCGCAUGGGCAUCUACCAGCACCGUUACCGCGACCGAAGUCUUCACCAUCCCAUGCACAGCAACACCGCUACCGAUUGACUGCAUCGCAAACAGCUGGUCCGGCAUCGUCGAAUUCACCAUCACGCCCGGCGACCUCAUCCACCUCCAUGAUGAACCAACCGACCUCCCCAUCCCAACAUCAACGCCUACAAGCUUCUCAACUGGCAAGAUCUUGAGCAACGUCCCCAGCAUCAGCGGCCCCUUCGCAGUCACUACCAUGGUGACGGCGACGACGGUGUUCACGAUUGCGUGCACGGCGAGCCCACUGCCGGAGGAUUGCGAGGCAAAUAGCUGGUCCAAUACGCUUGUGGAGAUUACGGCGACGCCGGGGCAGGUUUUGGUUAAUCUCCCGACGGAGCUGUUGGUCACGGGCACGGGGACGGGGACGGCAAGUGAGAGUGCUGGAAGCACUGCGCCCUCGGCGACGCCUGGUGCUGCGGCGGGGAGGGAAGCUGGGAUUCUGGGGCCAGUGGUUGCGGGCUUGGUUGCUGGGUUGGCGGUGCUGUGA